AUGAGAUCAGUCAAACAUGGAAGAAGAAGAGCUCGUCGACGCAUUAAUUAUAGUAAAAAUUUGGUUGCUGCAAAAAAGAAAGCAACGAAAAGACGAAAAGCUAUGUGUGGAAUUAUGUGUAAACAGAUGCGCAUGGCUUGGGACAAGAAUGCUACAAUUAAACAGAAUAUGAAAGCAAUGGGACUUGCUUACGAUUCGAACAAAUUGUUUUCUUUGCGUGCAAACAUUAAUAAUCAGUGUGAAAAAAUGGAUACUGGCGAUCCGAAACUGCACGGUUCCAUUAAAUCUCAAAUGCUAAAGACUAAACCGGCCAGUGAAGAGUCGAAAAUUAUGAACGUGAUUGCUACUUUGGAAAAAGAAGUUGAAGAAGAAGAAAUGAGGCAGAAAAAAGGACGUGGCUACCGUUUGCUUGCUCGAGAUAUUGAAUUUUGUGCUUACAUGAUUGAGAGACAUGGUGAAGAUUAUGAAAAAAUGAGUCAUGAUGCGAGGAAUAUCUAUCAGGAUACGCCGAAACAAAUACAGCGAAAGAUUCGUAUCUUCAGGCAAAGCCGAGAAUAUUCAAUAUAUCAAAAACUUCUAUCAAAAAUGGCAUGA